CCUCGUGUGAGGCUAUCGGGUUGACACAUUUUGGCGGACCACGAGAUUCUAGUCGAGCGCGAAGUGGAACGCAGCCACGGCUGCUAAUGCACAGGAAGACCCACAAGUGCGACCAACAGAUAUCCUGCACGACCACCCCUUAGGCGGAAAGUCACAGAGAGCGCAGCUGGCGCGUCAUACACGAGCAAGAUGUCACAGGCUCAACCCACGUAUGAGGAUUAUGUGCAGAGGAUUCAUUACUCGGAAAAAUACACUGAUGACGAAUGGGAAUAUCGGCAUGUCAUUCUGCCAAAACCCCUCUUGAAGCUGAUCCCGAAGGAGUACUUCGACCCAGAGGAGCCGGGGGUGUUAAGAAUCUUGACCGAUUCGGAAUGGCGAGGGAUCGGUAUUACGCAAAGUCUAGGCUGGGAGCAUUACGAGGUGCAUGCCCCAGAGCCGCACAUUCUCCUCUUUCGGCGAGAAAAGGACUACCAAGAAAAGUACGGACCGGCUGGCAAGCCCGCCGCGAAAUGAAAGAGAGUCUGUUGAACCGCCGACCGCUCUUCGUCCAAACCGUCCCUUAACACUCUUCCAAAUCUACCGAACAACAGCCUGCUUUACAUACUGACUGCCACAACAAGCCACGGGGUUACCCAAGCAUCAUUUGAAGGACACCUGAACAUACUGUAUUAUUUGUCCGAGCAUAUUCAUCGAGCAAGCCCCG